CGAGAAUUGAACUAUUUGACAUCGUUCAUCAUGCGUGACGUAUACGACUAUGACUGAGCACUUUAUUCGUGAGUUGUGAACGUCAUAAUAUCACUGAUACGAGGCAUUGACGUCGCAUUUUUCUCGGAUCAGUUUUCACAUUGUUCUACAUACAUGCAGCUAUUGAGAUUUGUCGUUUAAAAACGAGAGCUCUUGCAUUCGUCUCUCAUAAAAUCAAACCGAUUCCAAGUCGAAUACGUUAAAAGCAGGUAAACACACAGAAGAUGGCGACAGAAUUCACAGAAGAUGGCCGUGAGAAGACGGUCGAGAGAUCACCUUGCUUGAUUGGUCUAGGGUGGGUUGCAUUCGGCUUGUUAUAUUUGUCACAAGUUGGCCUUUUCAUUUCGAUUUUGGUGAUACAUUGUGAGAACACUUCAUACGUGGCUUGGUUUCUCUUGUUUGUACCGGCAAUUCUGUAUAUUGGUUGGUCAUUUUACAAACACAAUGAGUUCGUAUUCUCAGACGACGUUAAAAUUUGGGACGUUUGGUUAAGCUGGGGACUCUAUAUUAUUGCGUACAUCAUUACAGUCGCUACGAUCUUUGGUACGGUCGCGAAGGAUCUGACCAAAGACGAUGGUCUUGGCAUCAAUGCACUUAUUGGAACACUGUGCAUCACACCAGCACUACUUGUUCUUCUUCUACAACUAACGAUCAGUCCAUCCUAUCGCAAGCCUGUGUUGUCGUUGUCUGUGUUCGCCGCUUUAAAUAUCUUUGAUGGCAUUGAAAUGCUGGAAAUAUUUCUCAUGCAAAAGGAAGGAAACUUUGAAUUAGGCAAAGCUUUGGAAAUAUGUAUCGUUUUCUUUGCCUGCUUCUGUUUUAUCCUAUCACCGCUUGGUUUAUUGCGAAAUAAGUUCGUGGGAAAUGGCGAGGUAAAAGAGAGGAAAGAGACGUCGAAGUUCCUUGGCCCGUUGGAAAUAAUCGGCACCAAUCUCCCGUUCCUUGUGUUACGUUCUGUUAUUUGGCAUAAAUACGAAGCCGCCAUUUUCAUUGCAAAAAAUGCCGUUGCUUUGGUCGUUGGCGCUGUCGAGUUUGUUAUCCUUACGGGAAUGUGCAAAUGCGGGAUUAAAGUAUGAAAAAAAAAGCCCAAGGAACCACCGAAAAUUUUUAACGGGGACAAAAGAAACGAUAUUAUUAACUUAGAUAUCAUUACGUAUAGAUAAGACAUUUAAGACAUUUACGUAUACGUAAUAUAUAGAUAAGACAUUGCAUGUCUAGAUAUUUGAGAGCCAACAAUACCAUUCAUGUAAUCGGACACGAGCUUGCUUGCUGCAUGGCAACAGCAUUUAGUAUACUACUCUUAAUAAAAUUAGAUCAUUGUUGUCGCUUGAUAUUAGCAACUAGUGUGAGGCAGUAGUAAUAAAGCGAUAUUCAAGGUCAAAGGAGCAGUGAAUUUGUGAAUAUGAUUCUGUGAAUUUUAGGAAAUUUUUAUUUUUAACAUAUCCUUUUUACAUAAUGUUUGUGAUUUUGUGAAUUGCUUGGCAAACAGAGACAGGCAAUCUUGCUGACUACUUUAGUCUUUACAAUAUUAAGAUUAAGAUUAUCUUGUUUA